AUAAACACGACGUGAAUGUAAUUUCAUUCAGCAGUCUAAAAUGUAAACUGAUUUCAACACUUGCCUUGUUGUGCAAUGUACUCUCUUUGUCUAUGUGCUCUCUUAGCGAGCAAUGCUGUUAGCACUACCUCUUUUCGACGCUGUGUGUACAGAGAGCGACGGGUGCGUGCUCACAUCCAGCACAUGACUCUACCUCAAUUCGAUUUUAUCCUCCACAGUGUUCUUUGGAAAAUUUCAGUGUAGUAUAACAUUUUAUUAUCGAAGCCUGUACGUUCAGGACACACCCGAUAUCGAUCAGGCUUCCAGAUUCACGUUUUGUGUUUCAAAACGAUGAUCCACAUCUAUUGUGUCCAAUUCUAUUGACCAUCUAUCAGCCAGCCUUACUACAGAAAUCAAAGAAGACGGGAACUGCAACAACACACCUCCCGAUUUCUUUCGAAGCACCGUCUCCACUAACUGUUGCGUUAUUAUUUGCACUUUUUAAAUGAAUCUGGUAAGAUUUAUGAACAACAGAGUUCCGUCCAACAAGAGAUAUCAGCCGACAGAGUAUGAACACGCCGCUAACUGUGCCACACAUGCGCUCUGGAUAAUUCCAAGCAUUCUCGGCAGCUCCAUUCUCUACUUCCUGUCUGAUGACCAAUGGGAGACCAUUUCAGCAUGGAUCUACGGAUUUGGGCUUUCUGGUCUUUUCAUUGUGUCCACUGUAUUCCACACCAUCUCCUGGAAGAAGAGCCACCUCCGGACAAUUGAGCACUGGUUUCAUAUGUUUGAUAGAAUGGUGAUUUACUUCUUCAUUGCUGCCUCCUAUGCUCCCUGGUUGAACCUGCGGGAGCUGGGACCAUGGGCUUCUCACAUGCGUUGGAUCAUUUGGAUCAUGGCCUGUGUGGGCACGACUUACGUCUUUUUCUUUCAUGAAAGGUACAAGAUUGUAGAGUUAAUAUGUUAUGUGAUAAUGGGUGUCUUUCCUGCCUUAGUGAUCCUCUCAAUGGCGGAUAGAGAUGGGCUGUUUGAGCUGAUCCUAGGUGGGAUGUUUUACUGCCUAGGCAUGGUGUUCUUCAAGAGUGACGGUCGCAUCCCUUUUGCUCACGCUAUCUGGCACCUCUUUGUGGCAAUUGGGGCUAGCAUCCAUUAUUAUGCCAUCUGGAGGUAUCUCUACAGGCCUGGCAGCACAGAAAUUAAAACCUCUAGAUAAUAAUGUGGAACUGUGUGACAGAAAUGUCAGCACACGGGAAAUGAUCACACACAAUGUCAAGUGAGAAUGAGUUCCUUUCAAAAGUUCCUUUUUUAUGUUCUGGAUAACAGCUUUCCUUAAUAACCUCCUUGUGAGUAAAGCCUAGCCUUUUUUGCAGAGGACACCUACAGAGGCAUGUUUCUGCAAAACACCCUAAAAUAUGAUUAGGAAAAUUAGAUUUAGAUCAGGGCGGUUUCUAGUUUGGAUUUUUAGAGCUGAACUGAAUCUUUUACCUACAAAUGUAAAAACAGAUCUGUGCUUAAUCCUUUUCAGUCAAAUGACAUACUGUACUUAAUACAUAAUUGGCAUAGUUUGCUAAUAACAACUGGUAUUUUCCAAGCUUUGGGUUCAUGAUGUGGUGAUGCUUUAAUAAUAAGAGUUUUUAAUUCCAGUGUUAUUGUACAUUAACUAACAUGUAUCCUAUUGAAGUCAAAUUGAAUGUAUAUAAAGUUAGCAAGUAUUCAUUUCCAUAUCCUCUCAUAUAAUUUGUCUCAUUUGACUCUUUAAUUUUAAACAGUAUCUCAUUAUGUUCUUAAGGUUCAAUAUAGGCAUCCUGAAGGAACUUAAUUUUUGAAGAAUAUUAUUCAAGCCUAGUAAUUUUCCAUAGAAGGAUAAAGUAGGGUACCAAACCAAGAGUAUUAAAAAUACACAUCAACAUUACCAGAAAUACAGUAUUUUUGUUUUUCAAACUAAUGUAUUGAUAGUUUUAAUUUUGCAGCAACUGUUGUUAUGUUAGAAUGUUAGGAACAGAAAAAUGUGAAUAUUAUGUGCAGGGAAAUUCCCUAUUCCCUGCGCUGUAUUUGUUUUACUCUGUGAAUUUUUGUGAGGUGUGAAAAUAAGUAUCUCCAUGGUUCAACAGGUUUGUGGUAUUAGAAUGCUAAAUCCAAAAGCUAAAAAAAAGCUUUUAGGGGGUAUUGAAACAACUUAUCUGCAAAAACAUACUAAUAUUCUUUCCAGAAUAUGACUUCCAGUGUUGCAGAAUAGAUUUGUAUUUGCUUAACGAAAUCUGCUGAAAAGUUUGGCUGAUCUCUGAUUUGAUUCUCUUCUUUUGAGAUGGGUCAAGCAUCUUUUGCUAUUACAUGAAUUUAUUAUGUGUUCUAUAUCAAUAAGUACUGUAUGUUUUCAUAAAAGGGACAAUAACCUUUUACCUUUAUGAUUAAACAAGUGAAUAUACUUGUUUUCUGUUUUAAAACCCAGGAACUGUAAGGGUAACAGCUUGAAAGUCUUUUGUGACAAUGAAUAUCCUCGUAAAACUUGAAAUCAUUCCUAUUAGUUCUAACUGCACUGGACUGUCCUUCAUGCCAGUGUUUCAUUCAGAGUACUGUAUGCAUUCCUUCAACUAUAAGCACCACAGGGUUCUGUCAUCUUAACUACUGGCUGAAGCCAAGUUGCUACAUCCACAGCAAGGCUUGAAGGAUGACAGGUGUAAUGCAUGAGAUAUUCGUCCCAUUUUUCAAUGCUGUAGUAUUUAAAACACAACUUGGAUUAACCUAGCAGAAGUGUACGUUUCUAUGAAAUAAGGAUUUUAGGAUUUUCUCUUCAUUACCAUCUACUUUUUUGUUUUUAUUUCUAAAAAAAUAAACACCUUCAGUACAUGUCCAUAAAUUGAGUUAUAUGAUGCAGAGUACUCCGCUGAUAAUUGCCAAGAGUCAUGGCCUUGUCAAGUAUUUGCCAUGCUUAGCUUUACUUUACUCUUAGUAUUUACUUAGUGCUUUACUCUUAGCAGUAGGGUUUUGUGGGUACUCUGCACUCUUGUAACCAAGGCCUACAGUAUUCCACCUUAUAUAUUCAGGGCCCCAUAUUCAAAACACUUAAGUGUAGAAAUAAGGAAAAUGGGCAGGAUAAGCCAUCACAGAAGUGCCUCACUUUACUAAACGUACGAUGUACAGUGUAGUAACUACAUAUAAGCACAUCCUCAAGUGAGCUGUGACUGAGAGCAUUGUUGGAUGUUUCAAUGAAUACAUGCACACUCAAAUCUCAUUUUCAGAGGCUUUGUCUCUCAGAUGUGUGUGAAUGAGUUAUUCUGAAACCACAGCUACUGGUAGGUACCCAACACAUGAAUUAAAGUACUAUGCAAUCAUAUUGAAUCAAAGGUUCCUCGAGCUCUCAGUUAUGAUAGAUAAUGUAAUAUUAGAAAAUAAAACCACAGUCAAAUUACUGUGUUUACAUAGUACUGCUAUUACCCAUCCCAAAUAUUUAAUUUAUUAUUUACUGUACAUCAAUUAAUAGCACCCACACAUAAUAAAGAAGGUGGUGGAUUAUCAUAAAUAAAUAUUGCAACUAGCAUAUAUCCUGAAAUUAAACACAAAAAAACACUAAUAAUAACAGGUUUACUUUUUGGUCAUUUUGAAAACAUUCCAUAUACUUAGGAAAAUUCUUAGGGGUUCUUAUUUAUAUGUAUCGUUUCAAGCUAAUUUUUUUAUUGGCUUAAAUCACAAAUUGUGCAUGAGUUCACAGAGAUUUGAAUAUGGGGCUCUCAGCAGAAAGGGUGUUUAAUCAUUUCUGUUUAAUUGGUUUUGCUUCUGUUCAUAAGAUCCAACAACAGCAGUCUUCACAACAGCAGACCUUCAGUUGUACAUAAAUCUGUUCAGAAAAUACCAAUGACUUCAAUCUUCUAGUGUUGGUGCUUUAAGGUUGCAACAUACAACUUUUGAUAUAUUGUAGGAUGCAAAAAGUCUUCCUGACUUUUUCCUGAUAGUUUAAUUCAAAUGGCAUUAAAAGCUACGUUCUCCAAGACUGUGGGUUUAUUUUAAUUCAAACACAGCUACUAUUAUGCUAAGUAACAGUUUACAGUACAUAGAGGCCAGAAUCAUUAAGUUAAACUCAAUGCAGAUGGUCAUUUUGUUCAGUACACAGGGUAAUAGAACAAGAUUGCCAAGAUCUGUCUCAUACUGGUGCAAGCAGCUGUUGGCAGUACUGUCUGCUCUUGUUUCUAAAUUGAACAGUGUAUUCCAAGCACUGAGUUGUAACCAGGCUGUUAUUUCUGGUGUUUUAUAAUUCCUUUCUAUUGUUUUUCUUUUCCCUAAGGAAAUAAUUUAAUAAUUUAAUUUUAACCCUGGAGAAAGUGAAUCCCUGUGCUCAAUGUGUCAAAAUUUUAAAUAGAAUUACCAGUUUUUGUUUGCUCAAAGUAGUCAUCUUAUACAGUAUCCAGCAUGAGGUCCAUUAAUGAUUAAAGGAAAAGUAGACUAAUAAGAAUCCCUUAAUAUCGGUUUUAUACCCAAAUACCAAGUGUGAAGUAUUUAUUCACAUUUUUGUUUGCUCUACAGAAGUACAUAGAACUUUUAUUUCUGUUAGGCAGGUUCAAUUAUUUCAAAUGAAACAAAUUCUUAAUUCCAGUAAAAAUAUAUGAAUAUAAAUCCUGGAAAAUUGAAUGUGAAGCUUCGGCUUGAAAAGAUUUUGCUGAAAAUACUUAAAAAACAAAUUGAAGAAUUUUCUCUUAGGGCAUUUUUGUUUGUGUGACAUACGGUACAGUAAAUGGCAUUAGUUUCUUAAUUAACUAAGCAGUGUACAGUAAACUUGACCUUUAUCUUAAUAGAGUAAAUAGAAUGUUAGAAUUUCUUCAGUGGCCCUUGUGCUGAAUGCGGUGUCUUUCUCUUGGUAUUGUGUAUGUCUCACAGGCAAAGACUUUGUCAUCCUGACAAGAUAAUCUUGCCAUGUCUGCCUCAUUUUUUACAUUGUUAUUUAAUAGUAAUAAUGCUCUAUGAUAAACAAAAUCAGAAGGUAAUAUUAAAGUUGUAAUAUUUAUUUACAUUUUAAUGUAUAAUUUAUAAUGUAUGAUCUUAAAAGUACAUACUUUGUUCAUUCCUUAAAAAUAAUACCUAAGUGUGACAAAUCUUUUUAUAAAUUUCUAUUCUAUUUUUUUUAUAUAAGUAUGUGUGCUUAAAAUGCUUUCCUGUUUAUUGACUGACAGCAUAGUACAUAGAUACAUAGUACAUGUGUAGAUACACACCGUAGUAAAAUGAGUGCUUUCUGAAUCUCUUUAUAUAUUUAUACAUACAGGUAUAUUGGAAGACUCAUAUACUUUGUGGCUGAAAUGUACUGUACAUUUCCCAAAGUACCAUUCUUAUUAUUAUUAUAUCACUGUUAUACAACCUUAUCCUAUAGAAACAGCCUGUUGCUUUCAGUUCCAUAAUUAUGCUGAAUUAUGUUAAAGCCAAUCCCUCAAUUGAUAAAUUGAUCUGUAGCACCUAGGUUAAUGAAGCAGUUAAGGAAUGACUUAAGGUGCCAAGUCUGAUUUACCCUGCUCUAGGUCUUUAUUAUGAGCAGGAAGUUUAGCACUUCUUUGCCUAAUUUGUUGUGUAGUGGGACUGCUGGCACAUAAUGUCUGUCAUGUGUUAAAAGGUGAGGAUUGCACUUCAGAGGUGGGUAAAAUGGGCACCCCAUUUAUAUAGAAGGUGCUUUGGGACUCUUUUGAAUGAAAAUCAUUAGGUAAAUACAAGGAAUUAUUAUAAUUGAAACCUUGUCUUCAAAAUCUUUUUUGUGUCUGUGUGAUGUCUAUCAGACAAAAAACAGGAAAGCAGUGAAGAAUUGAUAGUUUUUCUAACUUUUAUAUGUUUAUGCUGUUUUUGGAAAAUAUUGUUAGUUCAUUUUUAAAACACUGCAAGUUUUAUUUCUUGAGAUAAAAGGUAGAAAUUGUUAACUCAUGAAUACUUUUCUAUUUAAAAUACGGACUUACAGAGUGAGGGCUACUUUGUUUCCUACACCUCAGAUACACACUACGGAGUGCAGUGAAAGCAGUAAAAAAGUAAUUUUCUUCAGUAAUCUCUCUAUUCUUGUGACAAUAAGAUUUGCCUUUUAAAUACCAGUAUAACUGGAAUUAGUGCAAGGAAUUAUAAGCCAUCUUUGUGCUGUGCUACUUGGUUUGGUUAGGAAUAGAUCCUACAAAACAUUUAUAUGUGUUCACAAGAUGCACCUCUGUAAGCCUGUGCCAUCUGCUGAAGCAGCAUGAGACAGCUGUCAGCAAAAUAAAUGCAGUUCAAAGACAAAGAUGUUUGAGAAUUUGCCCUUCCAUUUUUCACAUGUCUUGGUUAUUUUAAAACGGAAGAAGAAGAAGCUCGUCUACUUCAUUGGGGCAGUCCUUGAUUUAUUACUGCUUGCCAAGUGUAUAACCUAAUAUUCCUUUGCAGUUUUUUUAUCCCAUUUUUGUUUCAUUUGUACCAUUUGUACAUUUUGAUGUUAAAACAUUUUGGUUUACCAUUAAGGCAUGAGACUAACUUUAUUAAUUACUAAACCUUUACCCCAGAUUCAACUGCUGCACUCUAGAAAAAAAAACUACUGCAGGUUUCUAUGAUUAACCACACUGCCUAUGACUUUUAGAAUGAUUAAAAACAUAUCUACUAAGAAUACUACAGCAACUUUGUAUUUAAGCAUAGUUUAUAAUACAGUGUUAUGUAUUAUUGUGUGGAUCUAACCAUUGUCUGUAUCUGCUGGCUUUACUGUAACUAGAGAUUUGUGAAUGUGUUCAGACUUUUUAAAUCAAGGAUUGUAAUUUUUGUGGUGAUGCUUGUAUUUUAUAUUGUAUUUGUCAUUUAAUAAUAACUUUUUAUAAUUA